AUGAGGCCCGGGGGCGCGGGCAGCUCCGCGAGACUGCUGCUGGCUGUUGGCUGGCUGUUUCUGGCGGGCAUCCAGUCCGCGUGCGGGACCAAUGUCACCGCCCUCCAGGAUCCCGGUUUGGCCCGCGCAGAGGGCGAGGGCGAGGGCGAGGGCGAAGGCGAGGGCGAAGGCGAGGGCGAGAACCUAUACGAGAACCAGAGCGAGGCCGAGGAGACCGUGACCGACACCGGCGAGCCUGAGCACAUCCCCCCGCCUGAGACCGAGGAGGAUGUUUCAAAUAUGAAAGUAGUCAAAGAAGUAGAAUAUGGGAUGUGCACUGUUACAUGUGGUGUUGGUAUUAGAGAAGUUAUAUUAACAAAUGGAUGCCCUGGAGGUGAAUCUAAGUGUGUUGUACGGGUGGAAGAAUGCCGUGGACCCGUAGACUGUGGCUGGGGUAAACCACUAUCAGAAAGUCUUGAUAGUGUCAGAUUGACAUGUGUUCAUACAACUCCUGCAAAUCGUUUCAAAUAUGUUUGGAAGCUUCUAAGGCCAGAGCAGCAACCCAUUAUACUUGUAAAUGAUUCAGCAAUCCUGGAAGUACACAGGCAAAUUCAUCCCUUGGCUUUUGAGUGUGAUACCUUGGAUAAUAAUGAAAUAGUAGCAUCUAUUAAAUUCACAGUCUAUACAUCAAAUGAGCUGCAGAUGAAAAGAUCAAGACGACCAGACACUGAUGCAGUCCUGGUUUUUGUGCUGACUAUAGGAGUUGUUAUGUGCAUAUUUGUGAUCUUUGUACUGAUCUUCAUAAUUAUAAACUGGGCGGCAGUAAAGUCUUUCUGGGGAGCAAAAGCCUCAAUAACUAGGAUGCCUUCUGAGAGGACUUCAUUGAAACGUAAAGAUUCAGCUUCUCUGGACCGAUCACCAGCAGAAACAACUGGACAUGAAGAUGAUGCUUUAAGUGAAUGGAAUGAAUGA